CACAUGAUUAGUCUCUUACAGUAAAAACCCAAUAUGGCAGAGAUGGCAGGUCUUGCACGGUAACUAAAGCAACACUUUCUACAGCUCCCAGGUCGACCGACCGCAGACAUGAGGGAAAGACAGAAGAAGAAAAAGGGGAGGACGUGGGCAGAGGCCGCCAAAACGGUGCUUGAGAAGUACCCCAACACUCCGAUGAGUCAUAAAGAGAUCCUGCAAGUGAUUCAGAGAGAAAGGCUUAAGGAAAUAAGUGGGACAUCACCUCUUGCCUGUCUCAAUGCCAUGCUCCAUACAAACUCACGCGGAGAGGAAGGGAUCUUCUACAAGGUCCCCGGCAAAAUGGGAGUCUAUACACUGAAGAAGGACAUUGGAGAUGUGAUGAAGGAGCUGUCCGAAGAUGCUUCAGAGGACAGCAGUGAUAACAUGUCUGAUACACGAAGCACAGAAAAUACCAGCACCACUACCUACAGCAAAGAUGGACGCAGAGGAAGGUGGAAGAGGAGAGUGCCAGCAAAACUGCAAUCUCAGCCAUCCUCACCACAGUCUCGCUGUUCAUCUCCGUCAGUCUCCAGCAGCAAACUCAUGUCCCCAUCACAGAAACACAGCAAGAAGGCCCUAAAGCAGGCACUCAAACAGCAGCAGCAGAGGAAUCAGCGGCGGCAGUGUGGGAUCCCCAGCGCCUCCAGCCCACGACUGCUCCUCAAGACGGUCAAAGACAUGGCUCAUGACUCUUCCAAAUCCUCCUGGGAGCUGAAACAGACAGAGCGCUGCCCUGCAAGUCCACAGAACUCUACCUCCAGCUCGUCCUCCUCUGUCAAAGCAGAUGUGUGCCACACAACUGGUGCCCGAAAGGUGUCUCAGCACUCCAGUCGGCUCAGUGCCAGACAACUGAAGCGUACCAAAUGUGAGAUAGAUGUUGAGACACCAGAUUCCAUCCUUGUCAACACCAACCUGCGAGCGCUUAUCAACAAGCACACAUUCUCAGUGUUGCCUACAGAGUGUCAGCAGAAGCUUCUUAAGAUGCUGCCAGAGGUUGAUCAGCAGGCUAGUAUGGAUGGUGCACUAAAGGUGACCAGCUCUGCCUUGAACAAUGAAUUCUUCACAUCAGCAGCACAGUCUUGGAAGGAGAGGUUGUCAGAGGGUGAGUUCACACCAGAGCUGAGACUGAGAAUGCGGCAAGAAAUUGAGAAGGAAAAGAAGGUGGAGCUUUGGAAAGAGCAAUUCUUUGAGAGCUACUAUGGUGAACAAUCUGGACUCAGUAUAGAGGAAUCCAGAAAGCUGACAGAAGAUAGGAGUGUUCUUGAACCACCUAAAAGCACAGUCCUAUUAGAAAAGCCAGAGACUGUCAAAGAGUCUCAGAAGGUAAACCCGGUGACAGAGGUCAUCCACAUGGAGUUGAGAUCCAGAGAUGUGAAGUCAACAGUAACACAUGCCUCACCUGAAGAGCCAGUUAAACCACCUGCUCCAGAGCAACCACGUUUUUCCUUAGACACGAGGAAGGAUGCACAUGAAGAACUGAUUCCAGAGUCCGCUGUUCAAAAAGCAGUGGAGCCCAAACCUGGUAGUGAAAAGGCACUGGAGAAUGAGAUCACAUGUAAGACCCCAGUAUCUCCUUUAGAAACAGUGGUCACCUGUUUGAAAGGAAAAGAGACACAGACCCCUAAAGAUGAAAGUCUCAUUGGUGAGGAACAAACAGUAAUGGAAAGGAAUAAGGCUGGAUCUCCAGUAACUGUUGUCACAUCUGAGCCUCUAAAAAGAAAAGUUUCCAGUGAACCGGAUACAGAGCUAAGAACAGAGAAGAAGCCCCGUGUCACUUCAUUAGAAGCAUCAUCCACAAUGACAGCUAAAGAAAAAAUACAACAGAGAGUACCUCCUCUCAAAAUCUCAGUGUCAAGAUUUUUAUCUGCCCCUGCGUCUACUGAACAAGUAUCUCCAAGGACUCCCGUUCCCGUUCCGUUGACACCCCCUAGCGUUCGUCCCGGUCGCACCGGUGCUCGCACUCUAGCUGACAUCAAGGCAAAAGCCCAGUUAGCACGUGCACAGCGUGCUGCAGCAGCUGCAGCCGGAUCGUCUUCCUCAAUGGGAACCAGCUCAGUUGGAGGUACCUCGACACCCUCUCCAGCUCGGUCCCUGUCAGAAGAUUUUUCACCAGCGAGCAGCAGAAGUCAAUCGGUGUCGCCUAUAAAGUUAAGCAGUGGAUCUCCAGCUCCUGAAGGCACAGUGACUCUCUCACAAACCUCUCCUUCCUCAGGUUCCACUGGACACUCAGACCCUGGUCUUGCACAAGCCUUCAGUGCAAGCCAGGGAUUUUUAAAAGAUAAUUGCUCUUCGAUGGGGUUGCAAACCACUCUGUGUACGCUGAACCCAGCACCUUCAAGUCAGGCAGGUAACUUGAUUGUAUUGAAUACAGUUGCACAAAACCAGAGACCACAACAGAUACCUUGUUCAGGAGCAUCAGUGACCAAGCCUAGCUCUUCAAUCCCAGCAAAUAAUCCUCUGGUCACCCAGCUUCUUCAAGGUAAAGAGGUUCCCUUAGAAAAGAUACUCCCAAAGCCACUAGCCAAGAUGGAGGUUCAAUCUGUGGCCAUUUCUUCCAGAGAUAAAGGGAAUCUUGGUACCACCACUGCUGGGUUGAAAACAAACCAAGAAGAUGCCAACAAAUUUGGGAACCAUGUUCCUUUUUGUCCAUCAAUGAUGCAAACUAGAAGUGUGGACAAGUUGAUCAAAGUUGGCACUCAGGACCAGAUGCUCCCACCGCUAAGGGACAAAUACGUGCAGAAGAACACCAUCUCCGACUGUCAACCCUCCCAAUUUCAGUCUUGUCAGCUAGGUCACCUUGAUGGUAGCCAUGACCAGAGUGUCCAUCUAGGCAUCUUUGGACGGAAAAGGAUAUCCAAGCCAGCUAUGACAGGACACUACCUCCUCAAUGUCUCCACAUAUGGUAGAGUAUCAGAGAGCAGCAAACGACCCCAUCUAACUAGUAAUAGAAGCACUGCCCACGCCAACCUGAAGAAGGAGAAAAUCGAAGCAGAGGAGAAUGAGAAAGCAGAGACUGAAUCAUUUGCAGGGUCUUCUACCACAUCUCAAGGACACCUGAAUUUUCCAAGGGUAAAAGUGGAGAAGCAGGGAUCUGUCAUGAAUAAACCAGAUAAUGGUUUGACACCCCAACUCUGCUCUGAUAUAAAGUCUGAAUCUCCAUCGCUGAGUUGUUUGUCCAACAAAGACGAAGGUAACACUUCUCUUAGAACCAAAGAAACAUACUCAAGAGUGCAGCUUGAUAUGUGCAGCGGUAUACAGGGUAAAACAGAGCCAUAUCAGUUAGGUGACUGUCACCAACACAUGUUCUUGUCUCAGAAUGAACAGAAUGGACCUCAGUAUGGUGGUACUAUCAGCAUGUCUGUCCCUCAUGCACUUAACCACAGCAUGGCUGACACUCCAACUUCUCCCACUGUGUCCUGCAGUGGUGAUGGUGAAACGGCUGCUGGAGGUAUGAUGUCUUUUUCCGUCACUGUCACUGCCAUACCUGCUGGUCACCUACUGGAUCAGGACAUUCAGGGUGAAACCUCACCUGAGCAAGCCUUCAUAGAAACCUCUGCGAUGGAGGACGUCCAAUCAAAGUGCUACUGUCGGCUGAAGGCCAUGAUUAUGUGCAAGGGAUGUGGCGCAUUUUGUCAUGAUGAUUGCAUUGGUCCAUCCAAACUAUGUGUCUCAUGUUUGGUAGUACGAUAAUGGUCAUGAGGAUGAACUGCAACUUGUUCAUUCAUUUAUUGGCUGCAUCCGAAAACUUAGGCAGGUGACUUGCUGCAUCGCUCCCGUAUCAGACAAUGACUUUUCAGGGAGCGUUUUUUUGCACGAGGGUACCUCAUGAAACUGAUUUUGGGCAGACUUCUGAGGCAGAGUAAUGGUUAAAUGAUCUACAGCAAAAUAUUGAGAGCUUUGGUGAUAACUAAGUGGAUAUUUAAUUACUGCAAUAUUAAUUUCUCGCUAGAAAUGACAUAAAAAGUGGAACACGUUUAUCAAAAACAUACA